ACAUUUGCGCAUUAAAAUAGUGUACAGCUAAUACCUAAACCUGAUUUCAAAAAACCGAAUUCACAAAUAUCCACAGGGUAUAAACCAGAUUAUUCAAGAAUUUCCAUUCAGAAUGACAGAUAUCUAACAUAUGAACGUACUGGAUUUGGAAUCUUAAAGAAGAGCGAAGAAUAUUUUUCACCCGGAAGAAUUGUUUAAAAACGUCCACCCCUUUUAUACAAUAUGGAUACGGACUCGGACUGGCAAAAAUUUCUUCAGGCGACCCAUGUGUGUCUAGAACAGGGGGAUAUUGCCAGAGCCAGAGUAUUUGCAUCACAGUUGUAUGAAUCCAUAGGGUUAUAUCAUUUAGAGGAGCAGGACGACGAAGCGACGUCGAAGGCAUACAAUGUGUGUUUGACGGAAGCUUUACAACUGAAUGAAACUGCCUUAGCAGUGAAAUGCUUUUACAGAAUGAAAUUACAUGCACAAGACUACAUCCAUCCUGGACAGGUGUGGGCAGAUAUCUUGACAAAUGAAGAAAUAUCUUUGGCGAAAAAGUUGACGAUUCUCCGCGAUGUCCAGCUGAUCAUUAAAGAGUACAAGGAGAAUAUCACCAAACUGAUACAGAGCAUCCAGGAACUACAGUUCUGCUAUCAGAUGUUGCUGCUACGAUACACAGCCGACAGUGCAAGCAAAACCAUUAUUUUGCGGGAAGUUCUCUUGUUUGAUGUUAACAAUGGCUGGAAUUUGCUUGAAAAGGGAAAUCCUGCAUCGGUGUGUAAGACAUGCAAAGAAUUGGAGAAAUCAUAUAACUCGGAUCCUAAUCUAGCGUUGGUCAUGGAGCUCUGGGCUGCAGCUUUAGAACGGCUAGGUAUGCUGGAUGUAGCAAUCAACAAAGCCGAAAACGCUAUUGCUAUGGCAAAACCGAGACACAAUAAAGCCUCGUUUGAAGAAUUGCUGACAAGACUACAAUCAAAGGUGGCUCAGAUACAGGAAAAGCAAACAAAACCUAAACAUGAAUCGGAAACUAACCAAAACAAAACCAAGAAUAAGUUGGACACGAGACAGAGAAGGCCCCGUAAGAAAGUCAGGAAAUCUAAAGAUCAGGGAAAUUGUGAAGACGAGACAGAUAGCAUGGACAUCCAUGGAGCAGAUUCAAGUCCGUCAAAAAGUGAUGAAGAUUUUGAAAUUGUACCAACCCUGGCAGAUAACUCCCCUAAAAGCUGGAAAGAUGUUACAGAUUUUGACCUGCCUGUAGGCAAACCUAAACGCAAACGAAGACGUCAUCGAACUGGAGAUUCUGGUUUGUCCUCCACUGGAAAUCAGAGUAGAACAAUCGACCAAGAAAGCGAAGGACAAUCCGAGGAAUCGUUCGCCUUCUCUAACUUGCACCAAGCCGAUUUACAAGACAGUGAAGACGAGUUCCAACCAAUACCUAAGAGUUCAUUGCACAGUCUUCAUUCUAGUAGUCAAACAGCAGAAGAUCAAACAUUGUUGUACUUGCGCCAAAACGAGGAUUCAAACGGAGAUGAAGUUGUCCAAGAGGAUACUUUUUUCAACGAAAGCUGUGAAGGUCAAAUGAAUUUUCCGGAAAUGAAGUCAGGUCUUAUCCAUGACAUUGACAAUAUGAUUUUGCGAAAUGGUAUUGAGUUGUCUGAAAGAUUUAUUGGAAGUUUUUCAAGGAGCAAAAAGAAGUUUGCCGAGUACCCAACUUUGUACUCAAAGGAGGAGGCAUUGCGACUAUGCUCAAAAGAUCCCCACAAAUACAAACAUUGCAAGAUUAAUAUUGAAAAUGCACAUGGAGCAGUAUGUACAAAUGUGAACGAUAACGACAGUGUGAAAAGCAUUGAAAUAUCAGGUCGAUCGAAAUGCGGAAAAGUUUACAGUGAAGACGAAGUUGUAGUCGAAAUCAUCAGUGAACAACCAGAAUGUAUUCCACGACUAAACAAAGUCAUUAAUGCCAAUCUCCAGUGUAAUGAUAAAAUCUAUGGAAAAGUAGUCGGGAUAACAAAACGCACGCGAUUUGCUGACAUCAAGAAUCCCGUAUUUCUCUGCACAAUUGACACUGAAUCCCAUCUGAUGAAACCAAUUUGCAAAACAGUUCCAAAAAUAAGUGUAUUACAUCAUAACUGUGAAAAUCAGUUUCAAGUGGAAACAUACCGAUUAGACGAGAAGAUGAAGGAUCUAAAAUUCGAAGAAGUGAGGCAAAUUGAUCCGGCUAAUCGCAAAGGUUAUAUGUUUUUAGUUUGCCUCAUUAACUGGAAUGAGCUAUACCCUGUUGGUGCAAUUUUGUCUGUACACAGUUUUAGUGAGAGCAUAGCACAAAGUUUGAAAGUGUUGUGCCUUCAAAACCAAAUUCCGACCCACUACAAGCCGGAAACUGUGGAACGAACGAAUGAGAUAGUUCAAAACCCUCUCAAGGAAAGACCAGGGGAAAUAAGAGAGAAUCUUGCGGAUGAGCUUCUGGUCUUUACUAUUGAUCCUCCUGGAUCGAAAGAUUUAGACGAUGCGUUGAGCGUGAGGAAAAUUGGAGAUAGUUGCUACGAAAUAGGCAUACACAUUGCUGAUGUUGCGAGUGUUCUGGAGAAAGAUGAUCCUAUAGACAUAGAAGCCCAAGAAAGAACAAGAACGUUUUAUCCAGGAGAGGGAUACCAACCCCAUCACAUGUUGCCAGAACCCUUGAGUACAAAUAUAUGCAGCCUGUUGCCCAACGAAAACAGGAAUGCACUCUCUAUUUUCUUCAGAUUCACCUUUAACUCAUCUGGAUAUGUGGAAAACACAUAUAAUCAUUCCAUCAAAAAAACUAUAAUAAGGUCCAGGUGCCAGUUCACAUAUGGAGAGGUGCAGAGGAUAAUUUCAGAUGGUGAUACGGAAAGCGAGUUUCAGGAACAGAUACAAAUCUUGCAUAGAAUUGCAGGACAACGACGAAGGACACGUUUAGGAAACAAAGUUUUCGCAUUUCCAUUUGAGGGAGAUGGUUUGACUAGUCGUGACUCCUAUAACUUGGCUGAAGAUGCCCACAAUCUUGUUGAAGAGUUUAUGAUAUUAGCCAAUUACGAAUUUGCAUUACAUCUUUAUGAAAAAGAAAAUUUUUUUGCAUGUUUACCACUAAGAGUACAAGAAAAACCGUCAACAGAAAAAAUGCAAGAAUGGUUGAAACACUACCCGCUGAUAGGAAAAUUUGUCUUGAAAAUUCAGCAUUUGCCCUUGUCAGAUACCACAACAAUCGAUGUUACGAAAGAACCAAUAAAAAGAUGGAAUAAAAUAUUUCCAAUUCAAAAGCAUGUGUGGGAGAAAAUGACUUCGAGUUUGAAAAAUGAUCAAUUUGAAAAUGUACGACAGCUUGUCGGAACUGAUGAACUUCAUCCCAUGCAAGCCCUAGCGUUUGAGGCUUGGAUUGGUUUCCAAGAAUCUGCAAAAUACAAAUGUUUGGGAAAUCUGACAACAAGAAAUAAAGCCAUUCAUUUUUCUUUGGGAAUUUUUCCUUAUACGCAUUGUACCUCUCCAAUUCGGAGAUACUCUGACAUUAUCGUUCAGAGAAUGAUUCAUGCUUCGCUUGAUGGACACAUAUCUCCGUAUACGAAAGAAGAAGUAAAUGGACUUUGUGACAAAAUUAAUGAUGUCGCCAAACGAGGACGAUCAUUUGAAAAACAAUGCUAUGCUCUUCAUUUAGGGAAAAAACUAUCCAAAAAAUCUAUUUUGUGCAACACAAUGAUAAGAGAAGUCAAUGAAAAAGAAGUUUCACUUCAUUUUCCAGGGAUGCGGAAUCUUUCAAACGAUUGUAAGGACAUUCCAUUUUACGUGUUGAAAGUCAACACUAAACCAUCAAUCAAACUAGACGAAGACUCAAGACCAUUUGCAACACUGACAUGGCAACAAAGACUUUAUUCAUUUACUGGGUAUGCCCCGAAAAUACAAUUUCUAAAGAAAGCAGCAGUUGCGCGAAUAGACCCACACCAACGCGUUGUCUUCCAGCAAAUUCCAAAAUGGCAGAAAAUUUUGAAAGCAAUAGUAAACAGAAAAGACAGUCAUCUCAAAGGAGCGUUCUUCGGAACAGAUCAUCCUGACGUCAAUAUGAGUAAAUCAGUACCAGCAUGCUUCAAUACAGUAACUGACGUUAGCUCUGAAGUUAGAGAUGGUAACAUUAUACAACAGUGCUGUGACUUCAGCAUGAGUUUGAGCCAUGGUCAAAUUUUAGCCGUACAGCUUUCUGCGGAACCCAGAAAAGGAGUUAUUGUUCCAACGGUUCAAAUGGUGGAUAUCACAAAUAAUGUAAAAUUAUGCAUUCAGCAUAUUUCAGAUCCUGUUAAAUGUUUUGCUCGAUAUUCAAGCCAAAGGGUUCCUCGACAAAUAAAAUCACCUGUUGAAUACGUCAAGAUAUGGCUAAGCAUUUUCCGUAUGGAGUCUGCUGUGAAAAUGACACAAAACAUUCCUGUUGUUAUCAAUGACUUGCCAGUAAUUUUCUCAGAAAAAUCGGAGAUCAGCGACUGUCAUUUCAUUUUGCACAAUUCAUUUUGUCUCAAAAGAGAUAUUGAUUUUGUUACAUUGUCAGAGAAAAUGAUUCUGUAUGGUGAUGCAGUCAAAGAUGAAGGAGAAGAAGAAGAUGAGCCAAGAUAUCUAUUAAGCUGUGAUAGUGUCUGUAUUCGUUGCGACUUAAAAAAUGGAAUCCCAACCAAUCGCGUCACGAACGAAACACCACCAAGUGAAAGACUUCUAUGGAUUGGUCACGGUGAGAUCAAUAUCUUGCAAAAAGGCAAAAAAAAUGGCAAGAAGAAAUUUCAUAUUCGUUUGCACAAAGACAGUCCAAAACCUACUGAGACUAUGUGUCAGAACCCGCCGCCACGCUGUAGUGUCGAACUUCUUCAAAAAGGGGAAGCGGAAAAGCGAGUUGAGGCAAUCAUCAGUUGUCUGGGCAAAGCAACAAAUCUAGCUAAGGCUAUUGCACUUGGAAAGAAGAUUCCUAAGCUUGAUAAGGACCAUGCUGUUAUGGCAAACAAAACACAGCCUGAUGUUACAAUAUGUGGUUUAGCACCAAAUAACACUCAACAACUGAAGGCAAUACAGCGUGCAAUAAGUUCCCGAUUUACUCUUAUCCAAGGGCCACCAGGUACCGGGAAAACAUACACUGGAAUAAAGCUUGUCUAUUUGUUUGUGGAGAUAAACAAUCAACUUCGACAGAAUGGUGGUGAACACAAGCAAGUUGUGUUCUGUGGUCCUUCUAACAAAUCUGUGGACUUGGUUAUACGUUGGAUGUUGAGAAAAUUUAAAGAUAUGUCGCCCAAGAUGGUACGCAUGUACGGAAGUUCAAUGGAGAGCUCUGAUUUCCAAAUACCUGGGAGAGAAUAUAUGAGUAAAAGGUCGUGCAGAGAUAACAAACCAGAUCCAGAUUUAAAAUCUGUGACACUCCAUCAUCUAAUAAGGGCGGAAGGAAAACCGUACUCUGCAGAACUUAAAAACUAUGAUAACAUGUUUAAGAAUAACCCAUGCUUUUCUGACCAUGGUGAAAUUAUGAAUUACAACAAAAUCUUAAGUAAGGCAAGUCAAGAGGAGCUGAAGCACUAUGACGUCAUAUUUUGCACAACAGCUGUUGCUACCAACUGGAGAUUUUUAAAGGCGACGCAAGGAAAAAUUUUCCAAAUGAUAAUCGAUGAAGCAGGCAUGUGCACGGAGCCAGAAACUCUUGCACCAAUCAUAUCCUCUAAAGCAGAACAAGUUGUUCUUAUUGGGGACCAUAAACAGCUUCAACCAGUCGUGCUUUGCUCUGAGGCAGCGUCGCUUGGGUUGGAAAAAUCUCUUUUUGAAAGAUACGCUGACCAAGCUGUUUUCCUGGAUUGCCAGUACAGAAUGAAUCCAAGAAUAUGCGAUUUUCCCUCCAAGCAAUUUUACGACGGAAGGUUAGAGACAAUGCCUUCCAUCGCUUGGAAAGUUACUGAACCGUUAUCCUUGUGGCAAGUUCCUAACGUACCAAACCUCUUUUGUCACGUUGAAGGGGAGGAACAAACUCUCAGUGUUUCCACUGAUGAAGGCAAUCAGCAGUCCAAGAGCAACAAAGCAGAAGUUGAUGAAGUGAUUCGAAUCUACAAUGAACUUAUCACGCGUGAAAAAGUCAACCCUCGUCAGAUCAACGUUAUAUCGCAGUACAACGCACAAUGCUCUGCAAUUAGAGAGGCGAUGAAAAAAGAAAAGUUUAUCAACUUCAAUGUCAACACCGUUGUUGCCAGCCAAGGUGGAGAAUGGGAUUACGUUAUAUUCAGUACCGUCAGAUCACUCCCGGAUUACAGGAUAGAGCCGAACCCGACUCUUGGUUGGUGCAAGCAAAACCUCGGCUUCAUUACUGAUCAGCACCAAAUAAACGUUGCUCUCACACGUGCCAGAAAAGGGCUCAUCAUCAUAGGAAACAAAAACCUUAUGAAAUGCGACAAAGUUUGGAAGGAGUUGCUGGAACACUACGGUCGUCAAGGAUGCGUUGUUGACGCGGAAUGCGUCAAAUCCAGGCGUCAUAAGAAGAAACGCAAACAGAAAGAAGCAUCAAAAGAGGAAUUUUAUUCCUAAAAAAUGCAGUUGUUAAUAUCCAGUCUAUAUUGCCUGAUCACGUAUAUUUUAUUCGUAAGAUUCAAUAUUUCAACCUAUUCAUUACCAUGGUAAAUUGAUUUAACAUAUUUUUUUCUUCACAUGUUUACAAAUUCUUAUGUUGAAAGCUUUGUAUAAUUUGAUGCAAAUUUUCAUCUUUUGUUAACAAAUGUUUAAAAAUUGUCAUUUAAUUGAAUAAUUGAUGUUUACAUUCGGAUGCCUUUUCUAUCUUUUCUCUUUUUAUGAUAUUUAUUGAUCUGUGAAUAACGGAUUGCAAUCUACUUUUUUGCUUUUUCUAAUGUCUUCAUUAUUUAUUUUUUGAUCUCGUCUUUGUAACUUUUUUUUUUUAUUACAUUUUUGAUAUAAUUUUGGUGUCUGUGAUACAAGUGAUAAUUUUUAAUGUAUAAUAGUUUUGCUUUUAUUGUUACCUUGAUAACCUUUUACUGCUGUAAUAUCUUCGCGAGUGUAAUUCGGAUAUACCAUGAAUACACGUAAUUCUUCAUGUUGACUUUGACCUGUCUUUCACUUUUAAAAAUAAACAAACAAAAAAUA